CCCGAACGCACAACCCCCAAACGCUUGCUCCCGCUUCUCUCCAUCACAUCACUCUCGCUCGCAGCUUCAACAUUCUUUGGCUUUCCUGUAAGCGCGCACCCCUCAUCAUGAACACGAAAGCGGCAGCGGAACGUCAUGCUAGACAAUUGGUGCAGCUGCUUAGGGAACCUGGAAAUGAUCAGUGCGCAGAUUGCGGGGGCAGAUCUCCUCGAUGGGCAAGUUGGAACUUGGGCAUCUUUAUAUGCGUACAGUGUGCUGGCGUGCAUCGAAAGCUGGGAACCCACAUCACCAAGGUCAAAUCGCUCACGCUGGACACUUGGACUAGGGAGCAAGUGGAUCGCAUGAAAGAGGUGGGAAAUACACGCAGCAAUGCCAAGUGGAAUCCAGACGAGAAGCGGAAUAGACCGCCUGCAAAUGUGGAAGAGAGCGAGAGGCACAGUGAGCUUGAAAGAUUCAUCGUGAAAAAGUAUCAGGGCGUCUUUAUGGAGCGCAAACCGCCGCCGGUUCCUCAAAAGGAUGCAUCUGCUUUGCGACCACCACCUUCACCUUUCCGAGCUCGCUCCCCUUCGCCAGCUCAUAGCGCCACCGCACCAACAUCCGCUCCUCCUUCAGCUCCAUCUGCGGGUCCGUCCAUCGAGCGAAGCAGAACCGCUCCGAUACCUCAGCAUAGCAACGUUGCCAGCUCAGCCAAGCCCACCUCGCCUCCACCUGCGCUUCCGACGCGCAGUUCCGGCUUGACCGUACCUGGUGGAGCACCACCACGAGCAUCUUCCAGCGCAGCGCUCAUGAACCAUGGCGGUCAUGCAGCAGCAGCAGGUUCUGCAUCAUUUGCGUCCACAUCCGCUUCAACAACAACGACGCCCUCAUCAGCACCUAGCACGUCAUCCCGCUCGAGCGUCUUUGACGAUCUGAUCUCGUUGCAGGAAGGUCCAGCGCAGACGGCUCAACCUCCUCUACAGAUGAACCCCUGGGCAGCCAUGCAAGCUCAAGCAGCUGCUUAUCCCUCUAGUCCGCUAGGCAUGAACGGCACGUGGACGGGAGCAGCGGGCAUGGGCUACGCAGCAGCAGCAGCAGCAGCUGCUGCUGCUGCUCCUCCUCCUCAUCACGCACCUGUGCAUGCUCAGACGUACGACUUUUCAAAUCUCGGUGCUCAGGCUUUUGGACCUAAUGUGCGCAGCGUCAGCGCAGGUGCGCAGUCUGCCAAUCCGUUCUUCUCUCAGCAGCAGCAGCAGCAGCAGCAGCAGCAGCAGACGGGAGCUUACCAAGCUAGCAUGAUGGGACAACAAGCGUUCGGUGCGAGCGGAAUGGGAAUGUCGUCGCCGAUGCAUCAACAACAAGCGUUUGGCGCGGGCACGGGUGCGGGCGGAGUGGGAAUGAUGACAUCUCCCGCCUCUCCUCAACAAUCUUUUAGCGCUUCGCCCUUCUUUCAACAACAGCAGUCACCUGCUUCGCCAUUCUUGCAGCAAUCGUAUACCCAGCAGCAUGCGCCAUUUCAACAACAACAACAACAGCAGCAGCAGCAGCAGCAGCCGGCUUUUGGAGCUUGGGCAAGCAGCAUGAUGCCUAGCAGUCGGCAGUAGCGCAGAUGCCCAGACGUGGUCAUGACGUCCCUUCUUCACGCACGCAUACAUUUAGUCACCCCUCUUUUUGCUCUCAUCACUGCAUGCUAUUUCGUCUCUUG